UUUAGUCAGUCAUCGCGAAGCGGUCGUGGGGUUCGCGUUGCGCGCGAUUUCGCGUUAAAAUCACCGUUUUCAGAAGCACACGAGAUGACAUCGAGUAUUGGCCGUGAAUGCGAAAAUGCCAUCGUCGCUCGGGUUUCGCGGCUGCAUAGUGUUUGUGGUGAUGAGCAGUUUUGCAGUUUAUUUAGCAGCAACACCUUUGGAUCCGACCCGUAUCAAAAAUGUUGACCUGAACUCUUGGAUACGUCAUUAUGAACCAGCUUUGUACGAUCCAGGGCAUCUUCACGCGGAACAUCAUCGGAGUAAACGCAACGUUGGCAAAAAUUCCUUCGUUAGGUUGACCAUUAAAGGACGUGAUAGAAUAUUCAAGUUGAAACUAACUCCGGAUAGAAGCAUUUUUACUGAGGAUGUUGUUAUUGAAUCCACAAAUGGACCAAUCGACUUUGAACCAAAUUCCGUUUAUACUGGAACGUUGGAAGAUGAUCACACAGCUUUGGUACACGGAAUCGUUACAAAAGAAGGUCUCUUCGAUGGUUCAAUCAAAACAAAUACAGAAGAAUACUAUGUAGAACCCGUAAGCAGAUACGUAAAUAACAUUUCCAAUUUCCACUCGAUAGUGUACAGGGAACGGGACGUUUUAAAUCCAUCCCGUGGGAAACCGUGCGCCUCUCACACUCUACACCUAAACAGAAUGGCAAAGGAGAAGCGGUAUAGAAAUUGUCCUAGGGCUAGGUUAAAACGGUGGCUUCUCGAGGGCGAAGCAAAACAACCUUUCGACGAGACAACUCGUUAUUGGAAUCCGAACAAUAACAAACGAUAUCCUUUCGAUCAACCGAUUGAUGAGAUCAAUAGGACUUUUACUGACGCUUCAGGAUUAAUAUUUGGCAGCAGAAAUGUGAAUAAGAGAGCAUCAAUUGAUCCGAAAAAAACAACCUGUAUGCUUUAUCUUCAAGCGGAUCAUAAAUUUUUCCAAAAAUACGGUACUAAAGAAGCUUGUAUUGAGGUUAUGACGAGACAUGUUCAGAGGGUUAACGCAAUUUAUAAAGCGACAGAUUUUAAUCAAGAUGGAAAACCGGAUAACAUUUCAUUUAUGGUGAAACGAAUCAAAGUACACACGACGGAUGCUCUCACGGACGAUAAUAAGGUCGACAGAUACCGAUUUCCGGGCAACUACGGCGUCGAGAAGUUCCUGGAACUGUUCUCAGAGGAGGAUUACGAUGCUUUCUGCCUCGCCUAUAUGUUCACCUACAGGGAUUUUGAGAUGGGUACACUGGGACUUGCGUGGACCGGGGAUUUAAAAAAUGCUGGUGGAGUUUGCGAAAAAAACGGGCACUACAGGGGCAGCCUGAAGUCUCUCAACACGGGCAUAGUGACCCUGUUGAAUUAUGGCAAGCACGUGCCCCCGGCCGUCUCCCACGUAACCUUAGCGCAUGAAAUCGGUCAUAAUUUUGGAUCACCGCACGAUCCGGUUAAUUGCACUCCAGGAGGCGAAGAUGGAAAUUUUAUUAUGUUUGCAAGGGCCACAUCGGGGGAUAAAAAAAAUAACAAUCAUUUUUCACCGUGCAGUUUAAAAAGUAUUAAUCCGGUUUUAAAUUUUAAAGCUAGAUCACCAAAAGGAUGUUUUACAGAACCUCAAACAUCUCUUUGUGGAAAUGGGGUUGUUGAAGAAGGAGAAGAAUGCGAUUGCGGUUGGGAAGGUGAUUGUAAAGAUGAUUGCUGUUGGCCCCAACGCAAAAUCGUCCCCAUCGAUGAGCCCCCGUGUCGAUUACGAGGAAGAAGUAUUUGUAGUCCUUCCCAAGGUCCUUGUUGUACCUCAGACUGCCAAUUAAAAUUCGGAAAUAAAUGUAGGGACGAUAACGGAUGUAGAGACGCCAGUUUUUGCGAUGGACAUGGUCCUAAAUGCCCCCCAUCGAUAAAUAAGCCAAAUAAAACGAUUUGUAAUGAGGAAUUUGUUUGUUUUAUGGGGGAAUGUACCGGAUCGAUUUGUUUAGCUUAUGGGUUAGAAUCUUGCCAAUGUACGCCAAGUAAAGAUGAUAAAACGAAAGCUUGCGAGCUUUGUUGCAAACUUCCCGGGGAGAAUCAACCGUGCAUUUCAAGUAAACAAUGGAAUAAACCCCCGUAUGAUGUUCCUGAUAUGAAUUCAAAGCCGGGAACUCCCUGUAAUGAUUAUAACGGUUAUUGUGACGUUUUUCAAUUAUGCAGGGAAGUUGAUCCUUCUGGUCCAUUAGCUACAUUAAGGAAAAUGUUGCUUUCUGAGGAGAGCAUCGCUAGUUUUAAGCGAUGGGUUAUGGAUUAUUGGUACGCGGUUGCUUUAAUUGUUUUAACCGUUGUUGGAUUAUUGAUUUUAAGCACAAAACUAUUAGGAAAACGUCCAAAUGUAAAAGUAAAAUCAGUGACAAUAAUACAUAGUCAAACAACGGAAACUGUAAGACUUCCUGAUGUCGAUGGGCAAGUAACGGUUCAUCCCCCGCUACGUUCAAAGUUGCCCUUAAAAAGAAAAGUAAGAAAUGGUAAAAAAUUGGGAAGAAAACCGGCGGUUAAAAAAGAAGCUCAAAAUAAUAAUAAUAAUAUAAAUAGUCCAACUAAAAAAGGUUCGCCUAAGAAGAAAAUGCGAGUUUCCGCGGCAGUUAGCGCGGAGGAAUCGCGAAAAAAAACGGGUGAUACAACCGCAGUGAUUGAAAUCCCACCAAGUAAAGUAAAAAAAUCGUCAGUUAGCCGAAGAAAAACCAAGAAAAAGAAAGAAGUCAUCGAUUAUAGCGGGGCUCAAAACGAUAACGACAACGGCAAAAAGGGAUUGUUAAAUCAAGAAACCGACAACUUAACGGAUCCGGUUGGAAAAGUUCAAAAUUGGUUAUUAAAAUCGCAUCAACUACCCAAAUCAAAAUCAACCCCCGCGGGUUUAACCGAUAAGUCGAGAAGUCCUCAUAAACGGUUAACGAAAAGAACCGAACAUAAAAAAUCACAAAGUAUCGGUAACUUAUCGAGUGAUAAAGACAAAGUUCGACUUCAAGUGGUUUAUAAACCGCCGUUUAAGUUUAGUGUUAAAUUAAAAAAGCCGGAGAAAUCUCCCGUUGUUGUUGUGGAAAGUCGCGGGUUAAAAAAACCGAGAACUGCGGUGUUGGUGAGGAGUAGUGGUAAUAAAGAGAGGGAAAAGUUGAAAAAGAAUGCUGUAAAACCGGCGGGCGAUGAAGGUGUAGGAACUUCAACGUCAAAAACGACCGUUUUAAAAUCAAAUAAUGAAGAUAUUGACUCAAAUAUUCAUACCGUCCAAUCGGACCUGGAUGUUUUGCUGUCGGAGAGCGAAUUUCUUUUCUCGGACAGUUGAAGUUGUCCGGGCCAUAAUUUUUAAAACUGGCUGUGGAAGACAUUCCAAUAAAGACAAAAAAUAAUUAAUUUUUUUAAUAGAAGCCAGAUUAACUCGUUUUUUAUAUCAAUUAAUUUUAUUUAAACGUACUUAAAUUAUUAACUUUUUUUUUAAACUUAAUUUUUUUUUUUAUAAAGUUAAUCUGUGAUUUCAAAUAAAAACUUUGUAAUAUAAUCACAACUUAAUUAACAACUAUAUUUAUCUACAUCAAAAAAAAAUUAAUAAUAAAAUAAAAUUUCGAUCGAGGAAAUUGUACAUAUUUCGAUUUAAUGGUAUUUUUACAGUGCCAUUUAUUUCCGUUUUAAUGAAUUGUUUUUUUUUUUUUUUUGUAAUAGAAACUGAAGUGUCAAAUUUCUUAUUAGCGUGCCAAAAAUAAUUAAAAAAGAAAAAAACAACCUUCCUUUUUGUAAUUAACACGCUACUUACUUAUCUUAUAUUGAAAUUAUCUUUCCUUUCAAAUUGUUGUUAUAGAUAUUUAAUAGGACAUAUCAAUCUAACUCGGAUUACUUUUUUGAGUUUUUCUCUGUAAGAAUUAUUAUGAAAAAGGUAAAUUUAAAUGUGAAUUUCAUUGUACGACUUUGUAUUUUUUGCAAAUAAACCUUCGAACGUAAAU